GUGCACAAGCAGCGUGAGGCGAAAGAAGAACGGGACGAUUCUCAACCUCGGGGCUUCAUAGCGUGCAUAGAGGGAGAACGAGACUACAAGAUGGAAGACCCCAGCGUGUUCUUCGGGCGCAGCGGCGGUGUCAGCGGUGGCGCACGCCGCGUCCUUCAACGGGCUUUUCGAGACGGUUCACUGGUGCCAGUUGUGUCGGUCGCCAUCAUACUGGGCAUAAUGGUAACCAUGGCCGUCAUGUUUCAGGUGUACCUCGUGAGGAAAAUUUCCACGCGCAGCGGCAGCGAAGUCAGCUGGAAGAUCUUCAAGCCGUGGCGCAGUGCCGAGCAGAAGUACGCGGGGAGGCACAGUGCGCAGUCCAGUCGCGUCGAAUCGUUGUCCCACUCGGACAGCGAUCCGCUCGACGUCGAGCUCGACGAGCGACCGCCGGAUUUUCCCGGCAAACCUAGGCACUCGAUGCUGGGCAACAGCUUCUACCUGGGCGAGCAGAAGAGCUUCUGCCUGUUCAACUCCAAGAACUCGGGCCUGUUUCGGCAUGGCGUCGUGUACAACCUGAGCAGCUUCCCCUAUCACCUUUGCACGCACGCCAUCUACUACAGUGCCAGCGUCGACGGCGCCAACAGCCUGCAGGCCUCCAACGUCGAAGUUGACCUACUACAGAAUGCCUUCGGCAAGUUCCCGGGUCUCAAGUCCGGCAACCCGUUCCUGCGGGUCUUCAUAGGAGUGGACGACGACUCGAGCGUGCACCGCAUCUCGCACGACGCCGAGUCCGUGGUCAACUUCACGCUCAAGGCGCUGCGCUGGGUCAUCGAGAAGCGCUACGACGGCAUAUUCUUGCGUUGGUCGCCUCCUCUCAAAGAAGGUGCUUCGCAGUUCCCCGCCCUCGUCUCCCACAUGGUCAGGACAUUCAAGAGGGUUCGCGGUCUCUCCGUCGGCGUAGUAGUCCCGCUCACUUCCGGCGGGAGAGACUUCUACGCCGACGUGGGACACCUGCUCAACGUCCUCGAGCCGUACUCUAUGCUUGUCGAUCCCCUCACGGCUGAUUCAGAAGGUUCCGGAGACGCCAACUCGUACUUCCGGAGCUUCUUUCCGUACACGGCGGACAGCAUCGCCAAGUACCGCGACUUCUUCGCUCGCACAGUGGAGACAGAGAGAACCAAGUACCGGUACAUUUGCUACCCGGUGUCGAUAGCCGGCUACUCCCUGGCGCUCGAAGACUUCGCGGCCAGCUCCGGGGGUUCCAGGAGCCGAAGGUCAUCGCCACCGAGUAUCGCCGAUUUCCAAGUGAAAUCUGGCUUGGCCGUGACCCCCUACGAUGCGACGUGCGCCACCGCCACUGAUUUAAGGGCGAACGAGAGCAUACGGCUUAAGUUCGUCGUGCUGGCGGCCCGCAAGUCCCAAUGGGUCGCGUACCAGGACAAGAACAGCUUGGUGCAGCUCCUGGAAGCGCUCCGGCAGGUAACCGGCGGUGCACCCUGCUUGGGCGUCUGGGAUCCAGAAUGGGACGAUAUUUCCGGCCACUGCACCACCCAGGGAGCUAAGCCGGAGCCGUAUCCUCUCACCAAGACGAUCUUCACGGAAAGACAUCGAGCGCCGCACAUUUCCACUACGAAUUGACACAUCACCGGCGACAUUUAUGAAAUUAAAACA